UGUCAAAGUGGUUGGCGCCAGUCGCACUAAACACUGAGUAGAGACAGCUGUAGGAGCGAGGAGCUUUUAGAGCGACUUUUCUUUAGUUUACCGAUCAUUUAUACGAUUCUAAAGCCAUAAUGAAGCUCUCAGAAGGCGCAAUAGAGGCUUUAGCAAAUGGACACCCAGUCAGCGACGUUGUGCUGCAGUUGGUGAAUAUCCGUAAGAUUGAUGGGGGAAGUGGCCCCGCUCGUUUUAGGGCCAUGAUGAGUGAUGGUCGUUACUCCAUGACUUCCUUUAUGCUCUGCACCCAGUUGAACUACAUGGCUGAGGACAAUACACUGGCCCCACACUGCAUCUGUUUGAUCAAGCGGCAUGUAACUAACAUACUGAAGGAUGGGAGGCGAGUAGUUAUUAUUCUAGAAAUACAAGUUUUAAAGCCAGCGGAUCAAGUUGGUGGAAAGAUUGGUGAGCCAGUUCCUUACACUGAAGGUCAGAAACCAGCAGCACAGCAGCCACCACAGUCAAAUCCAGUCCCAGUCCCUCGCGCUCCACUCCAGCCCCAGAACAACAACAACAAUAAUGAAGCCAACAGAGGUUUCAAUCGGGACAUGGGAAAGAAGCCCCUAUCCAACAUGCCCAGCACCCCCGGGGGAGGCUCCAAAGUUGUACCCAUUGCCAGUCUAAACCCCUACCAGUCAAAGUGGACCAUUCGUGCUCGAGUUACUAAUAAAAGUACAAUUCGAACCUGGAGCAAUUCUCGUGGUGAUGGAAAACUGUUUUCUAUGGAGAUUGUGGACGAGAGUGGAGAAAUAAGAGUCACUGGCUUCAACCAAGAAGUGGACAAGUUCUAUGAGCUAAUUGAAGCUGGCAAGGUUUACUACUUCUCCAGAGCAUCACUGAAGAUUGCCAACAAACAGUACACAUCUGUAAAGAACGAUUAUGAGAUGACUCUUAACGGAGAGUCUUCUAUCAUCCCCUGUGAAGACAGCUGUGACGUGCCCAUGGUGCAGUGUGACUUUGUCACCAUCGGAGACUUAGAAAUGAAAGAAAAGGAUUCAAUCUUGGAUGUGAUUGGUGUGUGCAAGUCUGUUGAGGAGGUGACUCGCCUCACCACAAAAACAAACCGUGAAGUUUCCAAGCGCAACCUGAACCUGAUGGACAUGUCGGGGAAGGUGGUGACGGUCACUCUGUGGGGAGAGGAGGCUGAAAAAUUUGAUGGCAUUGGACAACCUGUUGUUGCGAUCAAAGGGGCGAAGCUGUCCGACUUUGGGGGCAGGUCUCUCUCUGCGUCCUUCAGCAGCACCUUGAUGAUCAAUCCGGACAUCCCAGAGGCGUACAAGCUCCGAGGCUGGUAUGACAAGGAGGGCCAUGCCAUGGAUGCGCAGUCUCUGACAGAGGUGAAGGGUGGAGGAGGAGGAGGGAACACCAACUGGAAGUCUCUCUCAGAUGUGAAGACUGAGCACCUGGGGCAUGGGGAGAAGGCGGAUUACUACACCUGCAUUGCAACUAUAGUGUACUUGCGAAAGGAAAACUGCCUUUACCAAGCAUGCCCAAGCCAAGACUGCAAUAAGAAAGUGGUGGACCAGCAGAAUGGCAUGUUCCGCUGCGAAAAGUGUGACAAAGAGUUCCCCAACUUCAAGUAUCGCCUCAUCCUUUCUGCAAACAUCGCAGACUAUGGGGACAACCAGUGGGUGACUUGCUUCCAGGAAAGUGCAGAAGCCAUUUUGGGCCAGAAUUCGGCCUACCUAGGACAGCUCAAGGAAUCGAAUGAAGCUGCCUUUGACGAAGUGUUUCAACAAGCCAACUUCAACACCUUUAUCUUCCGCAGUAGAGUCAAGCUAGAAACAUAUAAUGAUGAGUCCAGGAUCAAAGCCACUGUGAUGGAAGUGAAGCCUGUGGAUCACAAAGAGUACAGCAAGAGGUUGAUUAUGAACAUCAGAAAACUUGCCAACUAGUAGUAGAUGCCUUUUUGUUUUUGUUUUGUUGGCACUGUCAUGUAUUGUUUUUUUG